AGGAGAGGAAAGAGGCAGAUAAGUUAUGGACAUCACUGAUGGGUUUAGUUCCCAAAAUGAAUCUGUGUAGCACACGCAGAAUAUAAUCUCCACACAUACUCUCCAGCCCAGGCAGCUAUACAAUUACACCUAUAUUUAGAUUAAUAGGCCAUUUCGGCCUGUUGACCACGCCCACCGUGAUUAAGUGAGUGGGAAGUCGAAACCGGAAGUGGGUGUAGACCGAGUACAGUGAAGCCACAGAGCGGAACAGAUGGCCUCCAAAUUUCUUCAGAGGUUACGGUCAUCACCUCUAAAGGAGGAGAGAGGCCCUGGUCCCCUAGAAGAACCUCCAGAGAGUGCUGAGCUAGUGGAUGACACAGAAGGACUGUCCCUUCGACUGAGUGGAACUCUCAGCCUAAGUGAAGACAGCCUUGCCUCCCAAGAGAGUGAUGGAAUGGGUACCAGUUAUUUGGGAUCAGAUGGGCACGGAGAAAGCAAAGCCCAGGGUGAAAAUAACUCACAUACAUUUUUGACCAAGCAACUAAGAGAAAUGUGGGAGCAUUCCCGAGAUGCUCGUAUUCCCAUAAGGCUGACUUUUGAAGUGACAGAUGCAAAUAUUGUGCAGGAUGCCCAUUCCAAGUAUGUGGUAUACAACAUUUUCUUGUUGCAAACUGGGCAGUAUGAUCCUUCUCCUGCCUAUAUCUCCUGCCGAUAUUCUGACCUGUAUCACCUAAGGAGGCACCUACUUGCACUUUACCCUUCGGAAAUGAGAGGUGUUUCCUUUCCUCGUAAAAGAGUUCGUAAAAACUUCACUCCUGAGACAAUUGCCAAGCGCAGUCGUGCCUUUGAGCAGUUUCUCUGCCAUGUGUCUUCUCUGCCUGUUCUACGCACAUCUUCUCCAUUCCUGAAUUUUUUCUACCUUAGAGACAUAGAGAAGGCACAGGCACUGACCUGCGCAGGACUCUACAAGCUAGCGCUUCCCAUCUGGACCAACAGUUGGUGUCUACAAGAAAAGCUCUGUCCCCCUGGGCCCUCUAAACAUAGACUGUUAGUGCUGGCAGGGCUGGUGGUUUGUCAUCAGGAGAUGGAUACACUGGAGGAGGCUCAGACAUUCAGUGAACGGGCUGUAGCCUUAAUACAGGAUUCACAGGACAAGCACAGUUCUCUGCUAGUGCCCUUCCUUAAUGCACACAUCCAGCUUUCAUGGAGAGUGGGUAUUGACAAAAGAGAGGCUGAAGCUUUAUUGCAGAGGCUGCAGGAAACUGGGCACUACACUAAUAAAGUACCCAGUCUUAAGGAGUUUCUCGUUAAAGAAACAGUCGGUUGAUUAGGAAAUGCACCAAAGCAAACAGUGCAGUGUAUCUUGUGCCUACAUCUUGCUCUUGGAUGGAUCUUGUCGCACACGGAAAACUCCUUCCUGGGCACAUGUGACAGCCAGGACACCAUCUCUGCGCCACAGACGGCCUUGUACAAGCCCAC